UGAGCAUCUGUGAAUGACGGAACCGGCUCCGCCUAAAUCCGUUGGGCUGGGAAGAGGAGGGGACGAACUGUCGACAAGGAGAGAGAGAGUGUGUGUCUGAUAAAGGAGGGAGGAAUUGCUGAAGAAACAGACCAACUACGAUAAAACCCACAGAGCCACACCGGGGCUGAGCUUAUGACGUAGGCACGAUCCUCGAGCGUUCAGCGCAUCUCUCGCGCUCCUCAGCAACUUAGUGAAGAGACUCGCCGGCGCGCGUGAAGCUCGCAAGCAGCUGCGCUCAAGCAUCCUCGCCUUAUUAAGUGCGUCUGUGAAGAAAGCCAUCGCGUGCGCGUCAAUUCAGCACUUGGUUCACGAGACAGCUCCGGUGUGUCGGCUUCCCUAACUGGACUCAAUUUCAAGAGCAGUUCUUUCAGUACUUUUUAGAACACUCUCGCACGCAUGAACAUUAGAAGAGUCAUCAUAUUUCUUGCGUUCAUCUAACUGCAAUCCAUAGUCUGGGACCUUCUCCACUAAAUAUGUACCAGGGGCAUUUGCAGGAGACAGAAAAUGGAUGUGUUUUCAGCACAAAGGGGAAAGACUCUAGGGCUGCAGAUAAGACCGUUGCCAUGGUCCUGAAGGAGAUACCCAAUAAGGCGUCCUCAGAAGGCAAGCCCCUCCUCACGAUGACAAACAAGCUGGUGAGUGAGCAACAAGAGAGCCGUCCCUUGCUGAGCCCUUCCAUCGAUGAUUUCCUCUGCGAGACCAAGUGUGAUGGAGCUGCCCGCCCAGUAACCUCCAACACAGCAGUACUCUCCUCCUCUCUGGACCUGCUGGAUCUGAGUGAACCUGGUGAGAGAAGACACAGCAAAGACAGGAAGAGCCCUCUUUCUACUAAGGGCACACCAUACAGGAAGAAGCCUGAUGAAACAGAGCUGAUCCAAGUGGAUGUUGAACAGAGUAUACCCUGUUCCCGCACACCUGAAAAGAUUUCAUUGGACUCAGUAGCAAUUCCAUCUUCUUUGGACAAAUGGGAAGAACUCAACCCACACCGGGAGCGAAAUGGGAGCAGAAAGUGGAAGCUUGAGAGAAGACGUUCAUCAAAAAAUUCUGGUGAAUUUGUGUGGUCUAUGGACUGCAAGACUCAGCUAGACACUGCCCCCAGGAACUCCCUGGAGGUCAAUAAUAAAGUAGAGGCGGAAGCCGUGCCAGUAACUCAACUCAACAGGCAAUAUGUUAGUGGAAGACAUGGCCGUUUGAGCAAAGACCAAAGGUGGGGUAGCACACUCCUGUCCAGAAACCAGUCUCUGGAGGAAGAGUUUGAGAGAGCUAAGGCAGCAGUGGAGUCAGACACAGAGUUUUGGGAUAAGAUGCAGGCAGAGUGGGAAGAGCUCGCACGCAGGAACUGGCUAACAGAGAAUGAUCAACCACAGAUUCCCUCUAAUGUGUCUCCUUAUGAAAAGGGGUACUACUUCCACACAGAUAACCCUUUCAAAGACUGGCCAAAUGCAUUUGAGGAGGGAUUACGCAAGUCCAGAGAGGGAGACCUGCCUAACGCUGUACUUCUUCUGGAAGCAGCUGUGCUGCACGACCCUCAGGAUUCGGAGGCUUGGCUGGUGAUGGGAACCACGCAAGCAGAGAAUGAGAAUGAGCAGGCAGCAAUUGUCUCCCUCCAGAGGUGUCUGGAGCUCCACCCCAAUAACCUCCAGGCCCUCAUGGCCCUGGCAGUGAGCCUGACCAACACGGGCAUGAGGCAGGAAGCGUGUGAGGCGCUGCUGAGCUGGAUAAGGCACAACCCCAAAUACAAGCAACUUCUGAAGAGCCGCACACACCUGCAGGCCUCACCUGGUUCACGGAGACCCUCCUACCCUUCCGCAAUGGGCUGCCCCCUGCUGCCCGAGGUGAAGGAGCUGUACCUGGAAGCUGCCCAGCACAACUCGGACACGAUCGACCCAGACCUGCAGACAGGGUUGGGAGUGCUGUAUAACCUCAGCUCCGAGUUCAACAAAGCAGUGGAAGCCUUCAACGCAGCGCUGUCAGUGCGGCCGGAGGACUACCUGCUGUGGAAUCGGCUGGGGGCGACGCUGGCUAAUGGAGAUCGCAGUGAGGAGGCUGUGGAGGCCUAUACCAGAGCCCUGGAGCUGCAGCCCGGCUUCAUCCGCUCACGCUACAACCUCGGCAUCAGCUGCAUUAACAUGGGCGCUCACAGGGAGGCAGCCAGUAAUUUCCUGACGGCACUUAGCCUGCAGAGGAAGAGCAGGAGUCGGCAGCUUUCGCACCAGGUCAUGUCUGGAAGCAUCUGGGCGGCCCUGCGGAUAGCGCUGUCCAUGCUGGACCAGCCGGAGCUCUUUCAAGCUGCUAACAUAGGAGACCUGGAUUUACUCAUGAGAGCUUUUAACCUGGAUAUGUGAGCGAGGAUACCCUUUAACCAUGACAAAUAUCCAAAGUCCUUUAUGAGAAGAACUUUGUCAGAAAAGCAACCUUUGUUUCGCAGAGCACCUUUACAUUCCUGAGAAAUGAGUGCUAAAUAAUAAUACUAUUUUACUAGAUUUGCACAUCAGUUUACGGUUACCCUAAAGAGCACAAAGCCGGGUGAAGAUUGUACAAGUAUGCCUUAGAGAAAAUAUCAGCUAGACCUGCAAUGUAAUGGUGGGAAUCGGAGGAAACCACAAUUGAUGAGAGGAACGCAGACUAUUCAUGUGCAAGAACAACAUUGGCUUCACAUUAAUGAUUUGAUUAGACGUACUGUACUGUGUAGACUUCAUGUAUUGGUUCGAUUGCACUCUUUAUUUGAGAUGGUGGGGUUAUUAUCGAUUUUGGUGGCACUUAGUUCAACCCUGGACACUCCUCACCUGAUCUCUGCUGCAUCAUCCCCUUUAUUUCCUGGAGCUUGGAGACCAGAUUAAAAAGCCUUACUUAU